AUGGAGCCCUCAACUAUCUUUUACAGACGGAAGAAGUGUCUGUUUCCCGCACAACUACCGAUGACAUCGAUGAUCUUGUUUCAAGCUACCAGGAUGGCUCGGAAAUCGCAACACCCCGAAACGACCACAAAUUGCCCAAGCUGUUCUCGGAUACACCAGACUUCGAUGAAAGCGAUGCUACUGAAAUCGAAGAUGAAGGUCCAGCGACGCCGGGAGCUCCGGCCAUUCCAAGUAGACCAAGCUACUAUACCACUGGAUCUGCCGUGA